AUGGAGAGUGGAAAAUUCAGUAUCAGUGCAGAAGAUCUAUCGACGAUCGGAGGAAUAGCAACAGUUUCACUGCUACACUCAUUCAUACCGACGCAUUGGUUGCCUUUUUCAAUCGUUGGGCGGGCUCAAAAAUGGUCGCUUUCUCGCACUCUCCUUGUCACUGCAUUUGGAGCAGUGUUGCACGUGUUAUCCACUUCACUGCUUGGCAUAACAGCAGUUACCAUAUCAAACACAAUUGCGGGGGAGGAAACCGUGCAUAAACUUGCAUCUUUGUUGCUUAUAGUUCUUGGGGGCAGUUACAUAAUUUUGUUUCUGUCUGGAAAGGGUGGUCAUAGCCAUUCUCACAACCAACCCAUGGAAAAAAUGGCCGUUGCUGGUCUUGUUCUUGUCCCUGCAUUGUCUCCUUGUGCAACUACUCUUCCCGUAUUUCUUGCUGUCGGAAACUCAUCUUCUAUGAUGGUGCUUGCCAUCAUAGUUCUGUUAUUCAGCACCAUAGCUGUAAUGACAUCGCUGGUAGCUCUCUCGUUCUAUGGUGCAAGCCAGAUCAAGUUCCACUGGGUCGAACGCUAUGACAAGCUUCUUGUAGGUUCUGUUCUAUGUUUAGUUGGAAUCUUGACUCUCAUUUUCCAUGGCCAUGACCAUGACCAUGACGGAGAUGCGAGAAAGCUUCUUGUAGUUUAUGUUCUAUGUUUAGUUGGAAUCUUGACUCUCAUUUUGAAUGGCCAUGACCAUGACCAUGACUGA